GUGAAAUAAUGCUUUGACGUCGCAUUCAUUGUAAAUCUCUUUCUGUGAGUGUUCAUCAUAUAACGCGAAUGCUUCUUCAAAAGUUAGUAGAGAAAAUAGCUUUCAAAAAUAUAUUUGGACCCAUCCAACACAUGUGGAAAAUAAGGCUCAAGGAGAUUAGAGCAGAAAAAUGAAACGAAGAGGUAGAGAUAGCUUCCAAAGUUGGAUCAUCGCCCUAGGAUGUUGUUUCAUCAAUAUGAUGAUGUUUGGAAUGGCGAGGCUUUCAGGUGUCCUCUUCGUCGCCUCAGUACCAAGGUUUAACAUCACAAGGGAGGAAGCGUCUGUUCCCUAUACGCUCUCACAAGCCGUCCGGAACACAGCAGGUCCUCUUGUUGGCUAUCUAGGACAUCGAUUUGGCGUUCGUCUUGUCACGUCGAUUGGCAGCAUUAUAGCUGCAAUUGGAAUCGGGUGUUGCUAUUUGGCUGAGAGUAUUAAACUCAUUACAGUGCUGUGGGGAGUAAUAUUUGGACUUGGUUUUGGUUUAGGAAGUAUUUUAUUACCCAUUGCUAUUAAUCAACAUUUCAGUGAAAAAAGAGCCACAGCCUCAGGUAUUUCAUUUUCAGGAGCAUGUGUGGGAUCUUUUGUACUUCCACCUGUUGUGGAAUAUCUUAUCAACAAUUAUGGACUUUCCCAAACAUUUCUCUUCCUCUCUGGUUUUGUACUCAACUGCCUUCCAGUUGCCCUGCUUCUGAGAAGACCUGAUAACAGCGAUGAGAAACAAAGUAUCACAAACGGUAAGAAAGUCAAGUUGUAUACCGUCGAAGACCCUCCACUAUCCAUAACUGUUCAUAAACCGAACCUUUGUCGUGAGUCGACUAAAAAGAACGAAAAGCGGAAAGACAUCGAAGAUCAAACUAAAUUCAAGAAUCCCCUCCCACAGAGGUUUUAUGGAAUCUCAAAUGCCGUAUCCACUGAAUCUGUGAAUAAAACACUGAUCAAAGAAGACACUUAUUCCAGGAGCUAUGAAUAUUUAGCCUCUACGCCAAGAAAAGAAAACAAUUUUAAGACCUCUCGUCCAAAUUCUUCCCCUUUUGGGAUCAUAUUCGAUCCAACAUUCAUUCUCAUUGCCCUGACAAACGCAAUAUACAGUUCUACUUUCGUCUGCAUGAUUACAGUUCUUGUGGAUUUCGCCAAAGACAUUAAUGUAGGAGAGGCGAACGAAAAAUUCAUAAUCAUGUCACUGUCUGUGGGUGAUCUUAUCGGACGCUUAUGCCUAGGCUGGGUGACAGACGCAGGCUACAUGACUAGGUCCCACUUUGCAGCGGCGUGCUUCUUUUUCCAAGGGGUAACGACGAUGGUCAUUCCGUGGUCAUCCAGUUUCACUAUGCUGGUCACAAUGGCUGCCCUCUACGGAUUGUCAGAAGCAGGAUUCAUAUUAAUAUUCCCCUUGACUAUAGCAGAAUUCAUCGAGGAAGAAAAGCAGACUAUAGCCAUACCAACGAGCUACUUUUUAUCUGGACCUCUGUGCCUAACGGUGGCUCCUCUAAUUGGUUUCUUCAGAGAAGGUUUUGGCUCCUAUGACUUUAUCUUCUAUGGCAUUGGAAUCUUAUCAUUUAUUUGCAUGAAUUUCUGGCUUGUGAUUCCCUGCAUUGCACGGAACAGAAAACCAUCCUGAUGGUAUAAAGAAACUCAAUUUUGCACACGAAGUGUCGCAUGUGAAGGAAAGCACUUUGUAACAAUAUUGUAAAUAAAUUCUUGUUUUUUUUUUUUUAGAUAA